CUGUCUCUCUCUCUCUCUCUCUCUCUCUCUCUCUCUCUCUCUCUCUCCCCCCCCUCCCCUGUUUGGUGCUUUAACUAUAAUAAAUGGUUUCCCUCGUCGUCCUGAAGCCUCGUGUUCCAGGUGAACGUUUCCCCCCCCAGAGAGUCGUGGAUCUUAAUGUUCGUUUUUUGGGAUGUUUAAAAUUUGAAUUUAAAUUUUGAUGGCUCGCCGAAGUCAUUGGAAUUCAUCGUUUGAGGACAGUGAAGAGUUUAGAAGGACCGGUAGGUUUAGACAACAACAGUUAGGUUUAGACAACAACAACAACAGUUGUGGCGGGGUCACGCUGUAAGGAACCCUCCGGUCUCAGUUCUGCUUCUCGGUUCCUUUUCGAUAUUUUUGUGUUUUCUUUCAUUAUUUUUAAAGGAAGACAAUAAUCAUUUGUUCUUCGUUGUGCGUAAAGAAAUCGUUCAACAUGUCUGGUUAAAAACAAGAUUUAACGUAACAUGAAAAUAAGAACAUGGUCCUUUGUUGUUGUGUAAUUUAGACCCAAUGUUGAAGCCCCCCCCCCCCCCCACAUGAUUAAGAGCACCAUGAAGUCUGUGAGCUCCAGGAAGCUGCUGGCUCUGCUUUCCUCUCCCACCGUGUUCGUCACGGUCGCAUGCUGCUCUAAUGCAAAGCCGUCAGGAGGACCAGGAGUCGAACGCACGGACCCGCCGUGUCCCACCUGUCCGGGAGGCUCUGCGCGCGAGGAUGAAGAUGAUGAAGAUGAUAAGACCUGUGCUGCUGUGUGCCGUCUGUCUCCUCUUCCUGCCGUCGUCCUCUACCCACCACCAGGAAUCAGAUGACCUGAAGCUGCUCCAGGUGACCAUCCCCGCCUCCCCGCCCGUGGUGGCCGUGCUGGGCGGCGCCCUGACGCUGCCCUGCCUGGUGUCCCUGGCCCACCCGCCGCCGUCGCCCUCCACCAACGGGCGCCGCGCCGCGCUUACGCUGCCCCGGGUCAAGUGGAGCGUCCUGAGCCACGGCCGCGACGCGGAGAUCCUGGUUGCCCGCGGCGACCGCGUGAGGGUCAGCGAGGCCUACAGGGAGCGCGCCUCGCUGCUGCACUACGCCGCCUCCCCCGCCGACCUCACCCUGCGGCUGCAGCGCCUGAGGCAGAACGACACCGGCUUCUACCGCUGCCAGGUGCAGCAGGGCCUGGAGGACGCCGACGACGGGGCGCAGGUCAAGGUCAAAGGGGUGGUGUUCCACUAUCGAGACGCAUCCAGCCGGUACGCCUUCUCCUUCGAGCGAGCCAGAGACGCCUGCCAGGAGAUCGGGGCUGAAAUUGCCUCUCCGGAGCAGCUAAUGGCCGCCUACCACGGCGGAUACGAGCAGUGUGACGCCGGCUGGCUGUCAGACCACUCAGUGAGAUAUCCCAUCCAGAUGCCGAGAGAGCGUUGUUUCGGGGACAUGGACGGGUUUCCCGGAGUGAGGAACUACGGACUGUUGGAGCCCGAUGAGCUGUACGACGUCUACUGCUACGUGGAGAAUAUCCACGGUGAGGUGUUCCAUGGCUCCGCCCCCGAGCGCUUCACCUUCCGGGAGGCCAGGGCCUACUGUCUGAGUCACGGUGCCGAGCUGGUGACCACCGCUCAGCUGUACGCCGCCUGGAACGACGGGCUGAACCUCUGCAGCCCGGGCUGGCUGGCCGACGGCAGCGUGCGCUACCCCAUCGUCACCCCCAGGGAGCGCUGUGGGGGCGGCGACCCCGGGGUCAGGACCGUGUAUCGCUACGGCAACCAGACGGGCUUCCCCGAGCCGCACACCCGACACGACGCCUACUGCUUCAGGAGUGAUGACGCCGCCUCCACCGAAUCUCCUCGCAGUUUCCUUCCCACUGAGCCAGAGGACAUUGGCCAGGACAUGGUGUCCUUAACUAAUGCUGCAGAAAAGGAGGAGGAAGAGGAGGAGCAUGAGGAGGAGUUCUUUAUGAGCGAGGCAACCGCACCGGAGGGCGACGAGGUCCAACGCGCCCAUACCGCCAAUCCUGUAAAGCUAGGCCCCGGAGAGGCUCCGCCCCCCACAUUGAGCUAUGAGAUGGAACCGCUAUCGACUACAGACCUUCAUCCGUCCAGCACUCCUCCUGCUGAGCAGCAGGAGCAGCAGGAGCAGCUGCCCGUGGAGGAGGACAUCUGGGGGGUCUUAGAGAAGGCGGUCUUCCCGGAGUCCCCUCGUCCGGCCCCUGAAGAGAACCCAGAUCACGAAGAGUCUCCAGGACGUCCAACGACGUCUCCAAAGGCCGCCGGCGUAGGAACCGCUGAGGAGGACUUCACCACGGCAACGCCGGAGACCUCGGAGACCUCAGACCCCUCAGAGACCUCAGACCCCUCAGAGACCUCAGACCCCUCAGACCCCUCAGACCACUCGGAGACCUCAGACCCCUCAGACCCCUCAGACCACUCAGAGACCUCAGACCCCUCAGACCCCUCAGAGACCUCAGACCACUCUGACCCCUUAGACCACUCAGACCCCUCAGAGACCUCAGACCCCCCAGACCACUCUGACCCCUUAGACCACUCUGACCCCUUAGACCACUCAGAGACCUCAGAGACCUCGGACCCCUCUGUCCCCUUAGCCCACUCUGACCCCUCAGACCACUCAGACCCCUUAGACCACUCAGAGACCUCAGACCACUCGGACCCCUCAGAGACCUCGGACCCCUCUGUCCCCCUAGACCACUCAGAGACCUCAGAGACCUCGGACCCCUCUGUCCCCUUAGACCACUCAGAGACCUCAGACCCCCCAGACCACUCAGAGACCUCAGACCCCCAAGACCACUCUGACCCCCCAGACCACUCAGACCACUCUGACCCCUUAGACCACUCAGAGACCUCAGAGACCUCGGACCCCUCUGACCCCUCAGACCAUCAGCAUGUGACUGGGCGCCCAGGUGCGGCAGCUUCUUACGCGGCAGCACCUGGAUCUGGUGCUGAGGAGCUCAGCAGCUCCCCAGAGGCUCCUCAGGAAACCCCAAACUCUGCUAUGGAAACCACCGCCCCACUGUUCCCCACCUCAGCUUCCGCAGCUCACGGUCCGACCCCGGAGACGCCCACCGCCUCGGACUCUAGCGGCGCCUCGGAGGAGCCGGCCACGGAGAACCCGACCGACCGCAGCGGACACGUCCAUCCCGCUGGGCCCUCCGCGGUGGAGGUCACUGUAGAGGUCACUGCAGAGGUCACCGUGGAGGUCACAGGUGACUCCAGAGUGAACGCCGUGGUCCCUAGCAGCGACCCGGUCACGUCGUCGACGCCCCUCGCCUCUGGAGCCCCGACGCCAACUGCGGACGCCGGCCCACCGGAGAUCGUCUCUGGGGAGUUGGGGACAGGCGGAAGAGGAGGAGGAGGAGGAGGAGGAGGAGGAGGAGGCCACACAGACGGGGAAGACCCGGCGGUGACGGAGCAAGAUGGCGGAGAGGGGUCGGCGUCGGGAGAAAGCCCCGAUCCAGAUCGGACUCUCUCAUCGGACGCCACCGAUACGCCAUCGGAGGUAAAGAUCACCCUGAUCCCUCAUCGGACCCUCACGCCCGGCUGGGGGGCGGAGCCUCCUGCCUCCCCCCCACAGGAGUCUCGCUCCCAGCUGGAAUACAGCGCCCAGCCUCCGGACGCCACCGAGGACGCCACCGAGAAGCGAGAGGUCGUGACUCAGAUCAGCAGCGUGUCCUCAAAUGCGGCCCCCUCCUGCCCGGGGAGCCCGUGCUCCAACGGGGGAACCUGUGUGGACGGAGAGCCGGCGAGUUGCUUCUGCCUGAGCGGCUACGGGGGAGACUUGUGCCAGACAGACCUGGAUCUGUGCGAGUCUGGCUGGGACAAGUUCCAGGGCUCCUGCUACCGCCACUUCUCCAAGAGGCAGAGCUGGGAGGCGGCGGAGCAGCACUGCCGCCUGGGAGGAGCACACCUGCUGUCCGUCAUGACCCCCGAGGAGCAGGACCACGUCAACGACCGGUUCAGGGAGUACCAGUGGAUCGGCCUGAAUGACCGGACCAUCGAGGGAGACUUCCGCUGGUCGGACGGGAAUCCUCUGCUCUACGAGAACUGGUUCCGCGGCCAGCCGGACAGCUACUUCCUGUCGGGCGAGGACUGCGCGGUGAUGGUGUGGCACGACGGCGGCCGCUGGAGCGACGUGCCGUGCAACUACCACCUGUCCUACACCUGCAAGAAGGGCGUCACGUCCUGCGGCGAGCCGCCCGAUGUGCCCAGAGCGAAGGUAUUCGGCAAGAAGCGGCUGCUCUACGAGACCGGCGCCAAGGUGCGGUACUACUGUGAGGGGGGGCGCGAGCAGAGGAGGAAUCCGGUCAUCAAGUGUCUGCCCGGCGGCCGGUGGGAGGAGCCUCUGAUCACCUGCAUCCCCGCUCGUUCCGUGGGAGGAGACUCGGCCACCUCCCUUCCUGACCAGCAGGGGGAGGUCACAGAGGUCACGGAGGUCACGGAGAAAGCAGCUCCGCUCUUCUGGGACAUUGCAUGGAACGUCUGAAGCCAACCUGCCUUUUUACAAUAGAAUGUAUAUUAAUAUUAAUAAUAACUUUUCCCUCUUUUCUCGUGUCUCAGAGGACUUUUCCAUCUGUAUGAAAUCUGAUCUUUAAUAUUUUUCCGCCACGUCGAGGCCACAGGUCUGAAAAUCGACCUGACAAUACAGACCUGGAAUUUAAUUAACAAAAAGCACACGGAGACUUAUUGAUAAACUUCGGAAAAUAGUUAAUAUUUUUUACAUGAUUCCUCCCUUAAUUCUAAAAUGAUAUAUCUAUGUUAUUCUUUCAGUUUUAUGACAAAACUGCAAUUUUAUUGAUUUUAAUUUAAAUUGGCUGACGUUGCAAUUGAAACGGGAAGAAAACGAGUGAUUGUGUCCCUUCAGAAUAAAAGCCCAUGGAAGUGAAAGUUUGAGUAAAUAUGACUCAACAUUAUAUUUCUAUAGAUCUGUUGCUGGAUGCGUUUCAUGACUUCUGAUCACCUGCUUUGCUUUUUUACCUGAAUAUGAAAGUUGUCCUCAUCUAAAUGCAGAACAUAUUCUUUUUCAUGCACUGAUCCAGAUUAUUAUUUUCCUAAUGUUUCUUUAUAACUCGUUUAAUGCCUCAUUUGCAUAUUCAAACAUAACAUGUCAUAAAACUUGCAAUGCAAUAAAUCCACUUAAUGUUGU